AUGGCCAUCGCUCUUCCCUCUCUCCGCUGGGGAAUCAUUGGAACCGGGUUGAUUUCUUCCCGGUUUGUGGCGGACCUUGUGAUGGAUCGGAAGGACAAACAGGCAAACCACAUUAUUCAAGCGAUCGGCUCAUCCUCCGUCACCAAGGGUCGAGACUUUGCGCAUACUCAUGCGCCCGGAACGGAGCCUACAGUCUACGGAAGCUACCAAGAACUAUACGAUGACCCUGAGGUUGAGAUUGUCUACAUUGGCACACCUCAUGCGUUCCACAAGCAGAACUGCCUCGAUGCUAUUCAUGCAGGGAAACAUGUAUUGUGCGAGAAGGCAUUUGCGCUCAAUGAGUCGGACGCUAAGGAAGUCUUCUUCGAGGCGGAGAAAAAGAACGUGUUUGUCAUGGAAGCCAUGUGGACUCGUUUUGUUCCCUUGGUCCGGACUUUGCAGAACCUACUGCAUCACGAGAAGCGCAUUGGGGAUGUGCAGCGCGUGUUCUGCGACUUCUCAAUGGUGAUGAAUCUUCAAUCGCUACCGCUCACAUCCCGGCUGCGAAAUCCGGCCCUUGGUGCUGGAAGCUUGCUUGAUAUUGGUAUUUACAGCGUGACAUGGGUUCUCCUGGCCCUCGAAACUGAAGCCGGUCUGGAUCGCCCGCGAAUUGCUGCAUCCCAGGACGUGCAAGAUGGGAUCGACCUUGCCACUUCUGCGAUUAUAAGCUAUCCAGAUGGAAGACAAGGGAUUGCUACAUGUUCGACAAUGACCAAGACCCCCGCUUCUUUCUGUCGAAUCGAGGGCAAUAAAGGGACCAUCACAGUGGAGGGGACUGCCGCGUCUGCUCCAGCCUCAUUUACGCUUCAGUUAUUGAACCAGGAACCCGAAAGAUUCGAGUUCCAAGAAGCCGGCCGAGGAUUCUACUGGGAAGCGGAUGCGGUGGCCGUUGACAUAGCGGCUGGAAGGAAAGAGAAUGGGAUUAUGCCGUGGGCGGAAACAUUACGUGUGAUGGGCUUGUUGGAUCAGAUCAGGCAUCAAGGACAGAUGAAGGAGUUGGAACAUUGA